GUACUGUUGUACGUUCAUCGUCACCACAUUAUCUUGUGGAUAGGAUGGAUGCCAUGGAAAAAUCCCAUAGUUUGGAAACAUCCGUGAUUUCCUCUUUGUUUAACUUGCGUCAACUCAUGUGGACAGAAGUGUCCUCAGUCGUGUCUAGCAUAAGAGAACAAUUCGAGAGUUCCAACAAAGAACACGUAUCGGAGAUUGAAAGUGUUACGGAUCAAAAUCGUUCUCUAAAAAAGACAUUGAAUCAGCUGAACGAAAUCAUUAGAGGAAAAGAAAUAGAAAUCCAUGGAUUACGUCGACAGCUUCGAACCUUCUAUGCAAGGAGACCAAUUUGUUUUGUUUGUGGUAGCAAGAUUGCGGAUAUAACCGGCGCAUUUUGCCGGAAGGAUAUGCAGCCGGUCGUUCCCACACAAUGUCCACGAAAUCAACGCAAUUCGUUUUUCCGCAAUCUAUCGGACCGUUUUGAAGUCCGUAAGCGCUUUCGUCCUAAUGCUUCGUUGUCCGCAUCGCCUGACACCAGCGUCACUACGACUGAUAUGUCUAAACCGUUGUCGACCAACCGGGUGCUCUCUGGCGCUUCACGGCGCACACUCAAGCGCCCAUGUGUGCGCAAUUCCGGCGCUAGUUCCAUCAAGCCGACCACGUCGAUUUGUCAUGCCAAAUGUGAUCUUCGCGAGUCACCCUCCAAAAAAUGUGUUGAGUCAACGUACACUUUGCCGACGAACUGCUUGAACACUGGGCCUUCAUCGAUUUCUGAAGAAGGGACCUUUCGAGUAGAUGAGCUCAGUCCUCCCACUCGACAGUUUGACGCAUCCUUGGCCAUCCGGAAUGCGGUGAAUCAUUGUGAUCUCGGUGGUGCAGAUUCCACGCAACUUGAUUCGCUGGCCGCUAUUGGAGAUGGCAACACGACCGACGACCAAUCUUCGAUUACUCUGUCCCUUGCUCCACGUCCGUCAUACAAGUUUGUCUUCCAUCGUAUUCGCCGAAAGAGCCGUACGCAUCAAGUCGCCACACAUUUGAUGAAGCAGCGGUUUGGUCUAGGUUUGAAUGCACGUAGACGACCUAGAAUGCGCUCAGGUGCGCCUAAAAAACCCAACCGUUGCCCUCCGCAACAGAAUCCCGCUACUUUUGAAACAAACGUAUUUGCAAAUUCUUACAAUCAGUGCGUUUCGGACGACACAUUAGCGGACUCAACUUUGCCUUCCGGUUUCCUGGAGUCGGAACGGUCUAUCGUACUUGAUGGCGAACCGGCUGGAGGUGACUUUCUUCCGAAUGUUGCUGACGCUUCUCUGGUGUCAAAAAAAUCUUUACCCACUCUGGGAAGGUCUCCUACCUCACGUUCCGAGAUUGUUUUCAAAUGCCCUGAGAUUCCCGUCUCACAGAAACCCGUACCCGCAAGUCAAGUCCUCACCAGUCGUCCCGCGUUAGUCGAGCGUCAAGUCAAUACCGCUGUUCCUCUGCAUGUGCAGAGAAAGCAAGAAACAGGAAACGAUAACAAAUGCAGAUUUGGCCAAAGGUUCAAAUAAAAUAAUACGGACACCCAUGGAACUGUCCCAAGGGGACUUGCUUCCAUGCGGAUUGAUGCCUCGAUGGGUUUCACCCGCACUUCUAUGCUCCAACGGUCUGUUUCGGUGUGGAAAAAUAACAUGUAAGCCACCACCUGUUUCACAAAUGUCAUUUUCUAUUAGGGCUGUUUUAUGCAUGCAUUCCGGGCGAUGAAGCCUCAGCCCGAUCCGUCAUGCAGAUCAUUCAUCCACUGCUCACAAUACUGCACUCUGCGACCGGUUUGGAAGUUGUUUACACUUUUCUGAUAGAGGUAGCAGAACUACAUCUUCUAUCCGAGAUGUAUUGACUAGCGGCUGCCACUGUGGUUCGAUCUUGUGACUUUAAACAGCGGAUUAGUGCUUAUUGUUUGCAGAUUAUUCACGUGCUUCCAGUUUCUACGGGAUAUUGCGGGUGUCGAACAGUGAAUCAUUGUUACAUACUGGUUAUUUCCUGUGUUGAUUUGGGCUUGUGGGAUUUCCUUAAGUUUUCAGAAUUCCGAGUUGUUGCCACCCCAGGUAUUUUCGCUUCGAGCUUUUGGUUUUCUCGUUCACGUAUACAGCAUACAGAUUACAUGGCAUUGGAAGUACGUUGCCCCACCGACAUUAACCACAAGCUGGUCAACUGGAUGUAUUUCCUUGUAUUUGUCUGGCAACUGCCUUAUGUUCCGCUGAGUUUGCAGAUGCUUUUUUCACCUGUAUUACAAUGAUCCGAUGAUCAGGUGAAUUCGCGCGAGUCAAGUGAGACUGUUUACUUGAUUUUUGUUACUUAAACGCAUGUACACUGGAAUUCACGUCGCGAAUAUGCGCACAGUUCGAUGCUGUUUGUCUACCACAAACGGGGAGGUUAGCUAGAAGAACUCCAGUGUAUCUUAUCGGAUAAAUAACGGGUGCGCUUUCUGGCCAAGUUAACUCAUCCUCCUGUAUCUUUCAGUUUUUUGUCGUUGUUUCUACCCAUUCUAGGGGUUUUCCCAGCUUAUGGCGAAACAUCCGCACUUACAUACCUUACCCCAUUGGUUCAUCUAACAUUUGUCGCUUGAUUUCCUUAAAUAGCAGCGUCAAGCACCACCCGGACCAAAGAAGUCUUGAAAACCAAAUGAAAUAUUCAAUGCAAAUCAUUGCAUAUUUGCC